UUCUCACUGUAAUUUCUAGUCUAAUGGAGCUCCAAAGCCCAACAUAUUAGGGCAAAAAAGAGGAAGGAAUAAAGAAAGGAAAUGGUUAUGGUGUGAAACACACACAAAACGCUUUCCUUCUCCCAUCAUUCCUGGUUUUCAAUACCAACUUGAAUUGCCGUACGGCAAAAUUACAGUGAAAGCGAAGCAAAAAGACAAAGAAGAUAGUGAUUUUUGCAAGGAAAUGUUUGGAAGUUAUGCAGAAGCUGCUGCGUCUAACCCCUUGUUCUGCGGCCCCCAUCCUGAGCCCUUUAUCCACUAUAUUACCCCCUCAUGUUUCCCUUAUCCCUCUAGGGUUUAAGCAAAAUAUCCACAAACGCACCUUACAUUCUCUAAGGUUUAAGCAACACAGUCCCUUUUCACUUCCCUUCUCAAUGCCGCCGGCUGCCACCGCUUUACAGUUACGUAGUUCCGGUAUGCCUCCCUCUCUUAGUGGUCUGAACCCCAUGAUUUCCAUGUGUAAUUAUACCACGUCUUCGAGUUCCCCUCGUUACGCCUUGAGCUCUGGUAAUAGAUGUCGAAUUUGCCGUUGCUCCAUCGAGAGUGCUACAACUGUCCCUGAUAGAGCAUGGGUUGUGCUUAAGGAGAGUCGUAGUGGGUCUCGUUUGUCUUGGUUUCGUACCUCUUCUACCUCAUCCGAUAAGGGGUUUCCGAUUUCUGCCAUGAAUAGUGAAGACGACGGUGGCGGUGGCGGUGGCGGUGAGACUGAGAAAGGAUUGUCGGCUUCGGAGGUGAAGCCCGCGAGAUUAAACAGGAGGCAGAGGAGUUCUUUGGGUGGUAGUUGUAGUCCUCCUCCAUUACUCCCCGGAAAUCCAGAUUUGUUGAGAAUUCCAGGCGUGGGACCGAGGAACUUGAGGAAGCUCGUGGAGAAUGGCAUUGCUGGUGUUGCUGAGCUCAAGAAAAUCUACAAGGACAAGUUUUAUGGGAAAUCGAAUCAGAAGAUGGUCGAGUUUUUACAAUCCUCUGUGGGCAUUAUACAUAGAAACCAUGCUGAGAGUAUAACCACCUUCAUCAAAGAGAGCGUGAAUGAAGAAAUGAAAGAUGGUGGUGCCAAUUCUGAUGCCAUUUCAGCCCAAAAGAAGCGGCUUACUUUCUGUGUAGAAGGAAAUAUAAGUGUGGGGAAGACAACUUUCUUGAAGAGAAUUGCUAAUGAGACUCUUGAGCUUCAGGAUCUUGUUGAGAUUGUUCCUGAACCUAUUGAUAAAUGGCAGGAUAUUGGACCUGAUCAUUUUAACAUUUUAGAUGCCUUUUAUUCUGAGCCACAAAGGUAUGCUUACACCUUCCAAAAUUAUGUCUUUGUUACAAGAGUUAUGCAGGAGAAAGAAUCAUCUGGUGGAAUUAAGCCUCUCAGGUUGAUGGAAAGAAGUGUUUUCAGUGAUAGAAUGGUGUUUGUGAGAGCUGUUCAUGAAGCAAACUGGAUGAAUGAGAUGGAAAUCAGCAUUUAUGAUUCAUGGUUUGAUCCAGUUGUUUCAUCUCUUCCUGGACUUAUUCCAGAUGGAUUCAUCUAUCUGAGAGCAAGCCCUGAUACCUGCCACAAACGAAUGAUGCUACGCAAGAGAGAAGAAGAAGGUGGAGUAAGCCUUGAUUAUCUUCGUGGUCUGCAUGAAAAACAUGAGAGCUGGCUUUUACCAUUUGAAACUGGAAAUCAUGGUGUUUUAUCUGUCAGCAAGCUUCCCCCUCACAUGGAUGCCUCCUUGCAUCCUGGUAUAAAAGAUCAGGUUUUCUAUUUGGAAGGCAAUCAUAUGCACUCAAGUAUUCAAAAGGUCCCUGCUUUGGUUCUUGAUUGUGAACCCAACAUUGACUUUUCAAAGGAUAUUGAAGCUAAGCAGCAGUAUGCUCGUCAAGUUGCAGAAUUCUUUGAAUUUGUGAAGAAAGCGAAAGAAGUUCCAGAAAGUGGGUCAUCCCAAUCACAGGUGCUAUCACCUCAUAGUGGUGGGUUGUGGGUCCCACCACAGGUACAGGGGAAGAAUUUUCCCGAGUCUCUAAAAUCAUUGGACUUGAGAAAGGCCAUGUCUCUCAUGUCUAGGACUGGCUCUACUUGAUAGUUGCUUUGCUUAUUGGCUUAUUGCUUGUAAAAAGAAAAUUUUUUCUUACCUCUCUUUCUCUCUCUCCUUGUUUGUGUAGCUUCAUCAAAUUAUGGAUUAUAACUAAGUAGGAUUUUGUCAUAAAAUUUGUGAAAAAGUCUUUUUUUGUAGUAGGAAAUGUUAAUUGGUAUGCAAGAUAUGUUUUUUGGGGAG